CGCUCCGCCCCUCGCCCCCGGCGGGGCAGCGCGGGCAGCGGCACCGGCGGCAGCGCGGGCGGUACCGGCAUGUCCUGAGCGGCGGCGGCGGCCGAUCCGGGCCGGAGCCAGCACGGAGGGCUCGGUGGAGCAGCGGGCCAAGGGCCGGGCCUCCAUGAAGGAGAAGGAGGCGGGCGCGGAGCGGGGCAAGCCCGCCACUUACACCGGGGACAAGAAGGCGCGCAUGGCGGCCAAGACCAACAAGAAGUGGGUGCGCCUGGCCACCGUGCUGGCCUACGUGCUCUCCGUCUCGCUGGCCGCCAUCGUGCUCGCCGUCUACUACAGCCUCAUCUGGCAGCCGGUGCGCGGCAGCGGCGGCUCCUCCAGCCCCGGCCCCGGCGCCGCCGCCACCCCCGCGCAGCUCCGCGCCGCGCCCCCNGGGCCGGGCGCCGGCAGCCCCUGAGCCGGGCGGGCCGCGGGAGGCCGCGCCGCCGGGGAUGCGGCCGCGGGGCUCGGCCGAGGAUGGAGACCGAUGGCUCGCCCGUCCCUGCGGCACCGUGCAGCGCCCGUGGAGACUGACUGGAGACUGACUCGACCCCGUUUGGACUCGGUGGAACUGCGGUAUCUUCUUUUCCCCCCGAUUUUUCCUCAAAAGGGAAUUUUGUGGCUUCGUUUUCUUCCUCACCAGGGCUAGCUUCUCCCUUUGAACCCGCAUUGAAUUCCUGCGCUGUUUAUGCCAGUCUGUUACCUAUACAAGGAUAUCGGUGUCCAAAAUUCCUCGCUAUUUACAGGAUCAGCUGGGAACAAUACGAAUUUAGAGGCUGUAAUCCAUUGUUGAAGUAAAAACAGUUUUUGUUUAACGAUGAGCAUAAACUUAUUUAAAAUAUGUGGAAGGUAAAUUGACUUGUUUACUAUAUUAAAAUAUUUUCCCAAUAUGAAA